GUACAGCGUAAUCCGCCUUUCUAUUUAUCCCGCCUAUAUGUAUAGUAUUAGACGAGGACAUCGUAAUCCGGCUUUCCUUUUCGGUCAUUCCCGCCCAAUGGAGAACACCUUCGACAGCGACCUAAUCUACUCCAUAUUCAAACUUGCUUGGAGUAGGAAAACGCCCGAUAAGAGCAAAGAGGCUGAACCAAUCGAUACAGAGGUUGCAAGAGCAUCAAAGAAGAAUCGAUCAACUACUGCUAAUUCCAAUGCACUAACGGUUAGCUGCGAGCUUCUUCGCAUCUUUGUCACGGAGGCGGUAGAAAGAGCUGCAAUAAUCGCUGAAGCAGAGGGCAACGGUAAAAUUGAAGCCACACAUUUAGAGAGGAUACUUCCACAGCUGCUAUUAGAUUUCUGACCACGCAUAAAAAUCCGCGGUAGAAGUUGUGCGAGUCUUUAGCCCUUCGAAAGUUUUUGUAUCAGUAAUUCAGUAUGAAUGUUGAAGUUGUUUAAUUUAUGUUAAGAUAAGUGUUUUAUAUAAAUAAUAAAUUAAAAAUUAUAUUAAACUAUCUGAAAAUAAAUAUAAUGAAUUUGAAAUUCA